AUGAGUAGACUUUCGAGGAUCCAUGGUAAAUUCAUCAAAAAAUUAAAUGGAUUCUCAAAUGGCAGCUACCAAUCACUCAUCUGGAAAACCUGGAGGUUCGUGGAAUAUCUUUUUUGUUUAUACCAUUCUCAUUCUGUCAAGUGUGUUUGCUCUUUUCUAGGGGUUUUAAGUGAUGCUUUAUAUAGAGAGCUUUGGCAUGCUUGUGCUGGGCCUCUUGUAACCUUACCUCGUGAAGGGGAACGAGUUUAUUAUUUCCCUGAAGGUCAUAUGGAGCAGCUCGAGGCAUCGAUGCAUCAAGGUUUGGAGCAACAGAUGCCUUCCUUCAAUCUCCCAUCUAAGAUUCUCUGUAAAGUGAUCAAUAUCCAGCGCAGGGCAGAGCCCGAGACUGACGAAGUUUAUGCACAAAUAACCUUAUUGCCAGAAGCGGAUCAAAGUGAACCCAUCAGCCCGGAUGCACCUGUUCAAGAACCUGAAAAGUGCACAGUACAUUCAUUUUGUAAGACACUAACUGCUUCGGACACAAGCACACACGGUGGAUUCUCUGUGCUACGGAGACAUGCAGAUGACUGUCUUCCACCCUUGGAUAUGUCCCAACAACCACCGUGGCAAGAACUGGUUGCAACUGAUUUGCACAACAACGAGUGGCAUUUUAGGCACAUUUUCCGAGUAUCUUCUAUUAUCAGGACAAGUAGGUCAGAGUUUAUUGUGAGCGUCAAUAGGUAUCUCGAAGCUAAGAACCAGAAGCUAUCUGUCGGCAUGCGUUUCAAGAUGAGAUUCGAGGGUGAAGAAGCUCCCGAGAAAAGGUUCAGUGGCACAAUAGUUGGUGUUCAGGAAAACAAGUCUUCGGUAUGGCAUGAUUCUGAAUGGAGAUCGCUUAAGGUUCAGUGGGACGAGCCCUCAUCUGUAUUCCGUCCCGAAAGAGUUUCACCAUGGGAACUCGAGCCCCUAGUUGCAAAUAGUACCCCUGCUUCACAUCCUCAGCCUCUACAAAGGAACAAACGACCUAGACCUCCUGGUUUGCCUUCACCAAAUACUGGUCCAACGGCUCCUGUUACUGCAGAUGGUGUGUGGAAAUCCCCGGCAGAGACUCCUUCCUUGGUGCCAUUAUUCUCUCCUCCUGCCAAGAUUGCUACUUUUGGCCAUGUUGGGAACAAAUUAUUUGGAGGACCAUCCAUAGGAUCAGCCUUUUGGCCAUGCCAUGCAGAUAGUGCAGCUGAAUCUUUUGCUUCAGCGUUUAACAACGAGCCUACUGAAAAGAAGCAAACUAAUGGAAACGCCUGCAGACUUUUUGGGUUUGAGCUAGUUGAAAAUGUUAAUGUGGAGGAGUGUUUCUCUGCUGCCUCUGUGUCCGGUGCUGUCGCUGUAGAUCAACCUGUCCCAUCCAAUGAGUUUGACUCCGGCCAGCAAUCUGAGCCGUUAAUUAUCAACCAAUCUAAUAUCCCUUCCGGGAGUGGUGAUCCUGAGAAGUCUUGUCUGAGGUCUCCUCAAGAAUCGCAAAGUAGACAGAUACGUAGCUGCACAAAGGUGCACAUGCAAGGCAGUGCAGUAGGUAGAGCUGUUGAUUUGACACGGUCUGAGUGUUAUGAAGACCUGUUCAAGAAGCUGGAGGAGAUGUUUGACAUCGAGGGUGAACUCUUAGAAUCGACCAAGAAAUGGCAAGUUGUUUACACGGAUGAUGAAGAUGACAUGAUGAUGGUUGGUGAUGAUCCAUGGAAUGAGUUCUGUGGAAUGGUGAGAAAGAUAUUCAUAUACACACCUGAGGAAGUGAAGAAACUUUCACCCAAGAACAAACUGGCAGUGAAUGUUAGGAAGCAGCCCAAAACUGAUGCAGACGAAAAUGGGAACACGGAGGGCACGGUAGAAAAAUUGAGUAUGUCAUUGUUUUAA